CCCCGCCCCCUUCGGCUGGCAGCGCGCUCUUCGGACUCGGCCCGGAGCUGACCCCGGGGCUGCCCGGCUCCCGCGUCGGUCAGAUUCCUGUUCAUGGCGAUCCCGGGGCCCGCACCCCGGCCUGGCGGCAGACCCAGGUUGGAUUUGCAAUUUCUCCAGCGGUUCUUGCAGAUACAGAAGGUUUUGUUUCCCUCUUGGUCAUCACAGAAUGCCUUGAUGUUCCUGACCCUUUUGUGUGUGGCCCUACUGGAGCAACUGGUGAUCUACCGGGUUGGCUUGAUCCCCAGUCAAUACUUUGGAGUCCUAGGAAGCAAAGACUUAAAUGGAUUUAAGACGCUGACGUUCCUGUCUGUUGUGCUCAUCGUCCUCAACUCCGUGCUCAAGAGCUUUGACCAGUUCACCUGCAACCUGCUGUAUGUGAGCUGGAGGAAGGACCUCACGGAGCACCUCCACCGCCUCUACUUCCGCGGCCGCGUGUACUACACCCUCAACGUGCUGCGUGAUGACGUCGAUAACCCGGACCAGCGUAUCAGCCAGGACGUGGAGCGGUUCUGUCGGCAACUCAGCAGCAUGGCCAGCAAGCUGAUCAUCUCUCCCUUCACCCUCGUCUACUACACGUACCAGUGCUUCCGGAGCACCAGCUGGCUAGGGCCUGUGAGCAUCUUCGGGUAUUUCAUCCUGGGAACCGUGGUGAACAGAGUGUUGAUGAGUCCCAUUGUGGCAAAGCUGGUGCAGCAGGAGAAGCUGGAGGGGGAUUUCAGGUUCAAGCACAUGCAGAUCCGGGUGAAUGCUGAGCCUGCUGCUUUUUUCAGGGCUGGUCACGUGGAGCACAUGAGGACAGACCGCAGGCUGCAGCGACUCCUUCAGACCCAGCGGGACCUGAUGUCCAAGGAGCUCUGGCUGUGCAUCGGCAUCAACAUGUUUGACUAUCUGGGCAGCAUCCUGAGCUACAUCGUGAUCGCAAUCCCCAUUUUCAGUGGCGUCUACGGAGACCUGAGCCCCGCAGAGCUCAGCAGCCUAGUCAGCAAGAACGCCUUUGUGUGCUUGUAUCUCAUCAACUGCUUCAGCCAGCUCAUCGAACUCUCCACCACGCUCUCCGACGUGGCGGGCUACACACACAGGAUCGGGGAGCUUCAGGAGACCCUGCUGGACAUGAACCCAAAGUCACAGGAUGGGGAGUUUCUGGAUGAGAGCCAGUGGGACUUGGCCAGGGGCCUGGGAGCGCCAGCAACAGAGCCAGCAGAUGCAGCUUUCCUCGUCGAGCGGGUCUGCAUCUACGCCCCCUCCUCUCACAGACCCUUAAUCAAGGACCUGAGUCUGAAGAUCUCUGAGGGGCAGAGCCUGCUCAUCACAGGCGACACGGGCGCCGGCAAGACCUCCUUGCUCCGGGUUCUGGGCGGCCUCUGGGCCAGCGCACGGGGCUCAGUGCAGAUGCUGGCGGACUUUGGACCCCAAGGGGUGCUGUUCCUGCCCCAAAAGCCUUUCUUCACUGAUGGGACCCUUCGGGAGCAGGUGAUAUAUCCCCUGAAGGAGAUCUACCCAGACUCAGGUUCUACUGAUGAUGAGAGGAUCAUGAGGUUCUUGGAGCUGGCAGGCCUGUCCAGCUUGGUUGCAAGGACAAAGGGUCUGGACCAGCAGGUCGAUUGGAACUGGUACGAUGUCCUGUCCCCGGGAGAGAUGCAGAGGCUCUCCUUUGCCCGGCUCUUCUACCUGCAGCCGAAGUACGCAGUGCUUGAUGAAGCCACCAGUGCCCUGACUGAGGAGGUGGAGAGCGAGCUGUACCGCAUCGGCCAGCAGCUGGGCAUGACGUUCAUCAGCGUGGGCCACCGACGCAGCCUCGAGAAGUUUCACUCCUUGGUUCUGAGACUCUGUGGAGACGGAAGGUGGGAGCUGACUAGGAUCAAAGUGGAAUGAAGCCAAGGCUGGGCACCAGAAGGAGAGCCAAGCUCAGGAGUUUGGGUUCCCAGGAGAGACCAGGAGGGCUGGCGGGCGAGGAAGGAGCCCCAGGUUUGCCUCGCAGUGUGGGGAACACUGGCGGCAGUGGGCUCAGCCCACGUGUGAACCUCCACACCCCUCAUCCUGCCGGCGUGCCUCCUGCUACCUCAGCCACCGCUUUGUACACUUGAAAUGCUGAUCACUUACGUAUAACCUCAGAUCAUGUUUUCUAAAGAAAACAUGGAAGUGUGGGAUCUAUAAGAGAUGAAGUGUCGGGGCUUCCCCUGGUGGCUCAGUGGUAAGGAGUCCGCCUGCUAGUGCAGGAGACAUGGGUACAAUCCCUGAUCUGGGAAGAUCCCACAUGCCGUGGAACAACUGGGUCUGUGCACCACAGCCAUUGAACCUGUGCUCUAGAGCCCGUGCUCCACAGCAGGAGAAGCCAGUGCAAUGAGAAGCCCGUGCACGACAGCUAGAGAGUAGCCCCUGAUCACAACCAGAGAAAACCCGCAUACAACAGUAAAGGCCCAGCACAGCCAAAAAUAAAAAAUGAAUAAAUAAAAAUUGAAAAACAGAGAUGAAGGGUCGAAAUGGGAGAGUGUAUUGGACUCUGGAGUCAAGAGAGCCAGAAGUCUUUUAGAUCACUUCAGUUUUGCCAUAGGAGACUUUCCAGCUAUAUAAAUUUUAUAACUUUUUAAAAGAAAAGGUAAACCUUUUUUUCAACUUGCAACUUUCCCAUUUUCUCUUUCUUCAUCAUAAGAUGAUCUUUUUUUUCUUUUUUGUGGCCACACAGUACAGCGUGUGGGAUGCAGGAUCCAUGUGGGAUGCAGGAUCUUUGUUCCCCAUCCAGGGAUCAAACCCAUGUCCCCUGCAGUAGACGUGCCGGGUCUUAACCACUGGACCACCGAGAGGUCCCUAAGAUGAUCUUUUUAGUUGACUCUCCAGACUUGUCUUUGAGACCCUGGAGGGCCAGAGCAGGACUCUCCACUGUGCUGAGCCUUCUGCCCCUAGUCAUUCACUGGCAUCUCCCCAGUUGCCAGUUGUCCCUUAGCCACUAACCUCAAGGGCCCUUCUGCUGUUCUAAUCUCAACCCAGAUGAAAAUAAAUUUCUAAUAUUUUUAAGUUAA